UAUGGGAUAUUUUAGGUCUUGUAAGGAAACAUGUCGGUGAGUUUCAGUUUAACUCGGGGGUUUGGUCUCUGGAAAAGGGAGAUAUGUUUGUGAAAGCGAGCAGCAGAAGAUUAAAUCUGAGAGUGAAGAUCUGGAUCACCGCCUCGCUUCAGCUGAUGACCUGUGCAGCGCUUCACCUCAGCUCCUCUUCCUCCUUCUCCUCCAGCACACCUGAAGACCUGCUCACAGUAAUGAAGACCAGCCGACAGCCUCGGAUCGUGGUGGUCGGCGCUGGUGUCGCUGGACUUGGAGCAGCAACCAGGCUGAAGGAGCUGGGCUUCACUGACCUCACUGUGGUUGAAGCUUCGGACACUGUUGGCGGCAGAGUAGCAAAAUCCAAAAUAGGAAAGGUCUGGGUGGACACUGGCGCUCAGUAUAUUCACGGUGCAUCUGUAGAAAACCCAAUAUACUGUCUUCUAAAUACGUCUGGCCUCCUGAGCCAGGUCCCUCCUGAUGAAGGAAGCACCGUGUACUACAGGCGUGAUGGACAGAGGCUCAGUGAGGACCUGGCUGAUCGGGUGUACGAGGCCGGGGAGGGAAUCUUUCGGCAGCGUGGGAAUAACUCCGGGAGGAGUUUAGGAGAGCACUUCGCAGAGGCAGCUCAGGCUUUUGUUGAGGGCUGGCAGGCUGAGGAGAAGAAGAGCGUGCAGGGCGUUCUGGCUUUGGUUGGGAAGGAUUACCUGAUCAAUAUUGCAGCAUCAGACCUUCAUAGAGUCUCUGUAGAUUCCUGGCAGUAUUACACCAACAUGGGGGACGACCUGAAUGUGGAAGGCUGCAUGUUUCAGAUGGUGGAGAAGUUGGCUGAGGAUGUCCCUAAGGAGCGUCUGCUGCUGAAUAAAGCAGUGUCUAAGAUCGAGUGGGAUGGAUCUUUCUCCGGUACAGACAGUCAGGUGUAUCCUGUACGAGUGCUGUGUGGAGAUGGAGGGGAGAUUCUGGCAGAUCAUGUGAUCGUCACUGUCUCUCUUGGUUGUCUAAAAGCUCAGGCAGCCUCCCUCUUCAGCCCCAGCCUCCCAGCGGAGAAGAUGGAGGUGAUUGAUAAGCUGAGUUUUGGUAAUAUUGCGAAGAUCUUUCUGGAAUAUGAGGAAGCGUUCUGGGAGAGUGACGUCAGUCGGAUCAGUCUUAUUUGGGAUGACGACUCUGUGGAAUCUGUGUCCACCAAUAAAACUCAGUGGCUGAAGCACGUGUCCCUGUUCACAGUCAUGAAACCUCAGGAAAGGUUUGGAAACAUUCUGAUUGGUUGGUGUCCUGGAGAUGUAGCUGACCUGAUUGAAACCAUGACAGAGGAAGAGUUAUCCAGUGCCAUCACUGAACAUCUAAGAAUUUUCACAGGAAAUCUGAAUAUUCCUCCACCAAAGAGUGUUCUGCAAACACGGUGGCGUAGAAACAACUUCACCCGCGGUUCCUAUACUUAUAUUCCUGUUGGUGUAGAUGGCCAAGUCAUGGAUGUUCUGGCUCAGCCUUUAGUGGGCAUUAAGAACCCCAGCAAGGAUCUUCAAGUUCUGUUUUCUGGAGAGGCGACUAUAAAGACUCAGUACAGCACAGUGCAGGGAGCUCUCCUCUCAGGACACAGAGAUGCAGAGCGACUGGCACAGCUUUAUGGUAGAACAGCGCCACCUGCUGUUCACUGUAACAAUCACACUUAAAUGAAUUCAUGUAUUUAUGUUUUUCAGGGACUUUAUUACACUUGUACAUCUGUGUAAUGCUCCUCAGUGCCAAAGGUGUGAAAAUUAUCUCCAAUUAUUACUCUGUAAUAGAUAGUAUAGAUACUUUGGGUUUAAAAUGCUUCUGUAGAAUUUAAAGUAUCAAAUUAAGCUUUUUACUCUUUAAGUAAAGGUGUUUAAAAAGGUACUGGUUUCAAAACUUCUUAAAGUAUAAAAGUAAAUGUAAUGUAAGUGGUAAAAAAUAAAGCUAUUAAGAAAAAAAAGCUUAGGCCACGCCCACAGAGUCCUAUAGUGCAUUACCCCCCCCCCUCCCCAAAACACAUUUUUUAAAGCCAUAAUGACUAUAAGUGUUUCAGCUGCAUAUAUGCUGAUUGUAAAUGAAUGUAUUUUAGUAGAAUGUAAAUAUAUUAAAGAAGUUUAGUUGGACUGUAGUUUAUCUGGAGUUCUCUUGAGUCUCUGAACGGAUCAUCUUCAUACUAGGCUACAUACGUCUGCUAUGUUCUUUUACAUUUACUGACAGUAUUAAAACACUGACAUUGUGAUUAAAACUCAUUUUAAAGGUUUUAAAGACAAACCCAUUUUAAAAUUAAGCUCUUUUCUCAAUAAACUGUUCAUUUGGUA